UCAAGUCAAUGUCGCCAUGCCAACUGUACCGUUGCUUUGUGUUCUUCUUGCGGGGGCUUGGAUCGCUCCCAUCGCUGCUGAUGAUGACUGCAGUUCCCUUCUUCAACUUCCAUCCCGGGUACGUGUGAAGCCAAUCACAGGCAACUUGCCGACGGAACGUUUUCCUGAGCUGAGUCUGAUUCGCAGCAGCAGUGUGAAGAGAUUCCAGCUACCACCGUCAGAGAUGUCGAAUUGGAUUGCCGUAGACGUGCUGCUGCUCUUGAUGGCCUUUGCUUUAAGCCCAGUGCUAGUCCUGCGGGGAGGCUCAGCCGCCUUUCUGCUGGGGUGCUAUUUGGCCUCCCUCCUGGGGGUGAAGCUUUUAGUGAAGAAGAUGAUCAGCUUAGGUUUCCCAUAUCCUGACAGCAUCAAUGCCUUUCAUAUGGCUGGUGUAGUGCUGGUGACGCUGAUCACACAGCUCUCCUAUACGAGCUGUCGGAGCUCCACUGUUACCGUGACGGGUGGGAGCGAAUCCGGCCACGACCCGCCGCGCGCCCAGUGCGGCUGGGCCACCGAAGCCAUGGAGGUCUUGCCCAUCGCCUUGCUCAGUGGCCUCUCGCUCAUCACGGGCCCUUCGCCCCGAGGUCUAGCGUACGGAACGCCGUCCCUCACCAUGAUCCACGCCCAUGUGCCGAGCGAAGUUCCGUUGUUCACCUAUGCCUAUGAGCUCUUCAAGCAGAAGCGCCAAAUGGACAGCCGCAGUAUUUUAGCGGUGCUCUUGGCGUGCGGUGGCAGCGCCUUCUGCGUCCAAGGGGUCUCUUGGCAGACGGAGUUGCUCUUGGGCCUCUCAAUCCCGGUAACCGUCUCCUCGGCGCUUCUGGCCGCCUCCUCGGCCACCCUGCGCGCCGUGCGCGGCGUGUGGCAGGAGGAGCUCACGCGCCGGUCGCGCCGGUCGCCCAUGCGCGUGGUCCUUUGGAGUUCCGUGUGGUGCCUCUUCCUCAGCUGCAUCUUCAUGUGCUACAACGAUGGCCUCGCUGCCUUCCGUGCACUUGGGACCGCCUCUGUGGAGCUGAAGUUGAUGUUCGCUGGCUCCAUGGUCGCCAGCAUUGGUCUGAACGUCUCGCAGAUUUUGGUGGUGAAAAGGAUGGGUGCCUUGCUCCAGAGCAUCAUUGGGAACUUGCAUGUGAUCUUGCUGCUGGCCUUAUCACAAGCCUUUCUUCAUGAGAUGAUCAUGCCUUACCAAUACUUGGGCAUCAUCCUGCUUGCCAUCGGCACCUUUGUGAGCAAAGUGGACGCCCAUGAGAAAGAGGCCGCGCCCGGUCCGAACUUGGACGAUUUCCUCCACAGGAAGCUGCCGGGCACGGGCGGCUCGGAAAGCCCAGUCGACUCCGACUGAGCGAACCUCCCCCAAGGCCGGACGGAGGUCCGGUGGCACGGGCCCCGCGAACACCACAGCAGUUUGCCUUUAUGUGAACAUGGCCAAACUUGUUGGCAACUGCCACCUGCAGGAGGGUGAUUUUCGAAGCUGAAAAGCACAACCUCGUCGAGGAGGGGCACCCGCAAAGAUUUGAAAAAAGACCUGCUUGAAGCUCCG